CUCCCUCUUUCUCGCAUGUGUUCAGCUGCUCCAGCUGUCGGGCUCCCCACUCACUCUCUCAGGGUCACACAAGCAGGAGUUUCAGGGACCACUUCUGGACGCCAACUCCGCUGGGACCAGUGCAACCAGUAGGACUCGCUGGUCAGAGGACGACCGAGAGGCAGACGACCCGUCAGAGCAGAUUCAUCCGUACCACCUGUCGGCGGCUCCAGGUGCGCCGCUAGCCGUGCGAGAGCGUGCGCGUGCACGUUUGGACGUGUGUUCCCGCCCGGCCUCCCACCAACUCGUGCGCUAGCAUGCAGGGCGCUGGCGUGUCCCGCGUGUGCGUGUGCAUAUGCGUGUCCGUGCUCCUCCGCGGUGCUAUUUCACAGCCACUCACAGAAAGUGACACCUACACGGAAUGCACAGACGGGUAUCACUGGGACCCUCAGACCGAGCACUGCAAAGACAUAAACGAGUGCGAGACCAUUCCCGAUGCCUGCAAAGGGGAAAUGAAGUGCUUCAACCACUACGGCGGCUACCUGUGCCUGCCGCGCUCCGCGUCAGUCAUCCCGGCGUCGGAGCCCGCCACCGCCCCCCCGGAGGCCUUCAACCCCUGCCCGCUGGGUUAUGAGCCGCAGAGGGACAGCUGUGUCGAUGUCGACGAGUGUGAGCGGGACGAGCACGACUGUCAGCCCAGCCAGCAGUGCAUCAACACGCUGGGAGCCUUCACCUGCCAGUGCCCGGACGGCUACCGCAAGGUCGGCACGGAGUGCAUCGACAUCGACGAGUGCAGGUACCGGUACUGCCAGCAUCGCUGCGUCAACGUCCCCGGCUCCUUCUCCUGCCAGUGUGAACCCGGCUUUCAGCUGGCGGGAAACAACCGGUCCUGUAUCGACGUGAACGAGUGCGACAUGGGGGCGCCCUGCUCGCAGCGCUGCUACAACACGUACGGCACCUUCCUGUGCCGCUGCGACCAGGGCUACGAGCUGGGCUCCGACGGCUUCGCCUGCAACGACAUUGACGAGUGCAGCUACUCCAGCUACCUGUGCCAGUACCAGUGUGUGAACGAGCCGGGGAAGUUCUCCUGCGUGUGCCCGGACGGGUACCAGCUCCUCGGCAGCAGGCUGUGCCAGGACGUGAACGAGUGUGAAACAGGUGAGCACCAGUGCACCGACUCGCAGACCUGCGUCAACAUCCACGGACGGUACCAGUGCGUGGACGCCAACCAGUGCCAGGAGCCCUACGUGCGGAUGUCCGAGAAUCGUUGUGUGUGUCCUGUCAACAAGCCUGCCUGUCGAGAUCUUCCCUUCUCCAUCGUCCACCGCUACAUGAGCAUCACCUCGGAACGCUCCGUCCCCUCCGACAUCUUCCAGAUUCAGGCCACCAGCGUCUCCCCGGGGGCCUACAACACAUUCCGCAUCCGCUCCGGCGAUGACAACGGAGACUUCUACAUUAGGCAAAUCAAUAAUAUCAGCGCCAUGCUGGUGCUGGCCCGCGCCGUGUCCGGGCCCAGGGAGUACACGCUGGACCUGGAGAUGGUGUCUAUCAACCCUCUGCUCAGCUACCAGGGCAGCUCCGCCCUCAGGCUCUCCAUCUACGUGGGCCCGUACGCCUUUUAGAGAACACAGAAGAAGAGGAAGGAGAGGAGGAAGAAGAAGAGUGUGUGUAUGUGUGUGUGUGUGAGUGAGUGUGUGAGUGUGUGUGUGUUGGGGGGUCAGAGAAAACAAUUUAGGAGAAAAGCAGAUGCAAAACAAAGACGUAAAAAGGAACCGAUGCUGUUCAACCAGUCACUGUGAUGCUUCAUGUACACAUUCCUGUCAGCCCACAAAUACAAUGCAGCAGUGUCUCACAUAAUUAGUCCAGUCAAAGUCGGAUUGGUCUGUUGUGUUUUCAUGGGAAUCGCGCUCAUUUUCACAUGUGACAGCAUUGCGUCAUGGUCCAUGUUUUUAAAGGGGUUUCUCUUUUCUGCGUUUGUGCCUGAUGACAACAGAUGCGUGACAUGUUUUCUGUUGUGCCUUCAGGUGAAGUGAUUCACGCCCGGCGUCACUCCAUUAAUCCGUUUCCAUCGGUUUCCAUCCUUAUCUUCGGUUCCGCUAUAUUUGCCACUUUAUGCUUGUCAGCCGUGUUUCCUGUUUCAGACGUGAUUCAGUAACCACUCAGAUCAGACCUCAGCAUCCGUGCUCCUCCGUCGCUCUCUGCUCUUCAAUAUUACGCCGGCGCUCUCCGUCACUGUCGUUUGUAGGACUGUCACAUUGCCCAUUGUUUUGUACUUUACAUUUUUUUGUCUACAGGAUUGAAGCUAAAUAAAAACAUACAUAAACAUCA